AUGCAUGUUUUGCUAUCUUCUCCUCCUGACAAACAUACUGAUGAGCAGCAUCGUCGACAAGAAUUCAAAGUGAAUAACGACUUCAGAGAGUCUCCAGUGAGAGAGGAUGGGUCAGAGACAUACGCUGCUAAUCACCUCGUGGGAGCCGUCUCAAAGACAAUUGAAUUCAAUAACUGCCAGGCGAGACAUGCAAUCAGAGCCGAAGCCGACGAAGAAGAAGCCGUCUGUCAACGGCAGAAACAGAAACCGUCCGUCCGUCCCGCUGGAUCUCCUCCAGCACUGCAACGAUCGAUAGCGUCGGCUCAUCGUCAAAUCCCUGAGGAUCAACUUGGUGAGCAGGGUCUUCAUCUUAUACAUGACGAGCGGAAGAGCCAAGACCAUCGCAAAGCAAAAGACCGCCAGCGAGCAUUUCGACAUCUUCGUGCUGCUGUGCUUUUUUCGUCAACUGUCGACUACGACGGUAACGACGAUAAGGCGGUCGACUUUCAUCGCCCUAUGGUGAUGAAUGCAACCGCGUUCCAUUUGCGUAGUGUUCGGUUACGCGGUGACGCGUCGCGGCGCGCGGCGGCUUUGAUAUGCGGCGUGACGCACGCCGCUGAUUGCACAGGUGCACUAAUGAUAGCGGACUUAAUUGAGAUAAUUACCGUCGUGGGCAUCGCUCAAAGUGUGUCCAAUCUGAAGGUAGCGUUUGCUGUUCGGGCAAAUGCCACCUAUGACGGAACUCUCGAGGACGAGUCACCGAUUCAGAGAAAGACCAUAUCAUUCAAGAAGGGCGACUUUUUGCACAUCUACAAACGCUACACAUUCGAUUGGUGGAUUGGACGAGUUGUCGCGGCGAAUACGACGAUCGGCUUCAUCCCAACUGCACGACGCCUCGCUCGGCUCAUUGAACAACAUGAAGAGGAGCCAGCUCUGCUGCCUGAUAGGAACACCCUGCUUGGUGGAAAUCCUAGGGAGCCAAAUUCCGAACUGCCAAUGGACUUUCUAUGCGACCUGGUUGUGAUCGGUGUUGGUAGUAAUCUUGGUAUCGUCUGGCCUGAUCGUGUGAAACAGUCGGUGAUUUGGGAGUACCCGAAUCCGUACACUGUUGUACCGUCGACGCGACCGAUCGUCCUUUUAGGUCCGUGCUACCAGUCGUCACGGCUUACACAGCUCAUGCACGCAGCUGUCAGGUAG